GGGUCACAACAUACGAUGGUCACAGAAUCUGGUGUGCAGCGGGCAUGGCAAGCGUGUGCGGCCAACUCGUCAACUCGAUUUUCGACUACAAGACGGAGAAGUUCUUCAUUGCGAAGAACAAGAAGAUCGGAUUGCUGUUCAGGAUCUUUCAACUCGCUGUGAUCGUAUACCUUAUCGGUUGGGUCUUCGUAUGGAAGAAAGGCUACCAAGAGACAGAGAAGAACAUUCAUAGCUCAGUGUUCACAAAGCUUAAAGGUGUUGCUCUCAUUAACACCACAGAUCGUGGUCUUCAUGUAUGGGGUGCCGAAGAUUAUGUCAUACCCUCUCAGGGGGGAAAUGUCUUCUUCAUUGUGACAAAUUAUCUGGAGACUCCAAACCAAACGCUGAGCUUGUGUGCUGAGAGUUCCAAGGUCCCCGACGGUAUCUGUUUCCAUGAUAAUGACUGCACAGAGGAAGUUGUUGUUAUAGCAGGUCAUGGGUUGAAGACGGGGCGUUGUAUAAAUGAGACAGGCACGUGUGAAAUUUAUGGCUGGUGUCCGAUUGAGAGCAGUCACACCCCAGCGGUGCCAUUGCUGGGACAGGCAGAGAACUUCACCAUCUACAUCAGGAACUUCAUUGGCUUUCCAAAGUUUGAGUUCUCCAAAUCCAAUGUUCUCCCAUCGACCAAACACUCAUAUCUCAAGUCCUGCUACUAUGACGAAGUCCACCAUCCAUACUGCCCCAUUUUCCGAGUGGGAGAUCUGGUCAGCUGGACUGGUCACAGCUUCCAAGAAAUGGCUAUCAAGGGUGGAUCUGUUGCGGUGGGCAUUGACUGGACUUGUGAUUUGGAUAAAGACUACUCUAAAUGCAUCCCCAAGUACAGCUUUACUCGCCUGGACAAGUCAGAAGGCUCAAGCAUCAGUGGAUACAACUUCAGAUUUGCUCGCUAUUACAAAGAUGCAACAGGAAAGACAUACCGCUCAUUGUUGAAAGUGUUUGGCAUUCGUUUCGAUAUCAUGGUCAAUGGGCAGGCAGGGAAAUUCAGUAUUGUCCCUACUGUCGUGAACAUUGGGUCUGGAGUUGCUUUAAUGGGUAUUGGAGUGUUCUGCUGUGACAUGAUCCUUGUCUACAUGAUGAAUGGGAGCUCAUUUUAUAGACAAAGAAAGUUCGAGACUGUGGCAAAAAAGCCUGAAAGACGAUCCAAAGGGACAAAUCACACUAGGCGACAUAGGCACGGCCAUGACAGGCACAAGAAAGAAGACCAUCCGGAUGUGGAGAACCAACUGCUGGAGUCCUCUCCGUCUCGCAGUCCUAGAAGACACAAGCAUCGCAGUCACGAACUAAAGGAGGUUAAAGAGGCAACAUCCAGAUCGCACCGCAGUCCUGAAAGAAAAGCCACGGGUCAGGCUUCAUCUUCCAAGAUGGCAAGCAGUCCAAAAAAAUAAAGCGCAUGACAAGGAAGUUUGGAGGAGGGAACUACUGUGUACUGUAAAAGAAAAAAGGGGCAGGUCAGAAAAAUCUUCUGAGCAGCAGUAUGAGGUACUGCAUUCCAUUGCUUUCCCCAAUAAUGCUGUAAGAAUUGUGUUGCUGAAGAGUCAAACAUAAACCUGCUGAUUGCUUAAGAUGUGACUUAUGUGUAAAAAUAAAUGCAAAAUCCAAAACUUGAUUAAGGUGCUUGGAAAGUUCUAGAUGAAGGAGGGAUUUGGGAUCUUUUGUUAAACAAUUUCACGUUUAGCAAAAAGAAAAAUUCAAGGUCAGUAUUCAAGGUCAAAAUAUCAAUAAAUACAUGGGAUUCAUUAAGGCAUGUUUUCAUCAAGGAUGCCAAAAAUUCUCAAGCUGGAAACAGUUGCUGGAAACAGUUGCCUUUAGAUGUAUGUUUAUUUUUUACACAUACUGCCUUUUAUUAUAAAUAUUAAAGUCAUACAUGUCUGUUUAUUCAUGUACAAGAAAUUAAAAAGAAUAAAAAUUGCA